AUGGCCCGUACAAAGCAGACUGCUCGUAAAUCCACCGGAGGUAAGGCUCCACGAAAACAGCUCGCGACCAAGGCGGCUAGGAAGAGCGCGCCCUCUACUGGAGGAGUGAAGAAGCCCCAUCGCUACAGGCCAGGCACCGUGGCUCUGAGGGAGAUCCGUCGUUACCAGAAGUCUACAGAGUUGCUCAUUCGCAAGCUGCCCUUCCAGCGCCUGGUGAGAGAGAUCGCCCAGGACUUCAAGACCGAUCUCCGCUUCCAAAGUGCGGCUAUUGGUGCUCUACAGGAGGCCAGCGAAGCUUACCUGGUGGGUUUGUUUGAGGACACCAACCUGUGCGCCAUCCACGCCAAACGUGUCACCAUCAUGCCCAAAGACAUCCAGCUGGCCCGCAGGAUAAGGGGAGAACGGGCCUAA